GGAUUAAUCUGUCUUCUUCUCUGCUCUAUUAUUUAUAAUCUUCUGGAAAAGGUAUCUUUCUUUUGCAGAACAGAACAGAAACACCUAUGGCUCUGUCUUGUAGCUUCUCGCUUUCCAUGUUUCUCUUGGUCGCUGUGUCGGUUCAAUGGGCUCUGGUUUGCAGUGAAUCCACAAUCUCAGCUUCUCCUGCUGUCUUACCGUAUGUCAAUGCACCAGAUAUGUCUUCAUUUUUCCCUUCUCCGACCAGAAACCAGUCAUUUGAUUCUGCUACCUCUCCUGUUCCAGAAGCACCCGCGUAUGGUCCUAGCUCAGGCCAGUUUAACGGGGAUGUUGCAGGCAUCUCGAUGCAGCUCCGUCCUGAUCUUUAUUUGGUUCUGGUCAUUGUUAGUAUCUGUUUCAUUGUUAUGUCACUAAUGUUGUAAUCUUUGUGAUUCGCUUUAACAGUGUCAUCUUUCCUCCUUUGAGUCUUUUUUGUUCUUAAUUUCAC